AUGGGCAGACUCAACAACUCAGACUUCCUAUCAAAGGUCAAUGACGAGUUGUCAGCCAACGAAGGCAAGUCUUCCGUCUACUUCACUCAAAAAAGAUUGUCGCUGACGUUAGAGCCUGCAACGUCAGACAACAUCAACGACUUGUCCUCUAAUGUGGUUAAUCAUCCAAACACUUUCGUCUCCAACACACAGACAUACCCGGUAUUGAUCAGAUUCACGAGGGGUGAUAAGAAGAGCAAAAUCUCCACAGUGGUGGAGCCCGCCAACCUUGACAAGUUCUGGAACGAAUACGCACAAAUCCUCAAGAAUGGUUUCGUGGGGUUGAAGAAGAAGGAGAAGAAAAAGUCAAAGAAGUCGAAGGUUUCCAAGCCUUAA